CGCAAGGAUACAUCCAUCGAUGGCUGCCUCCUGCGCCCAAAUCUCUUACUAUUAACCUGAAGAGCGUGUGCCAUGGCGACAGCGCUACGGGACUCUUUCACGACGUUUCUCUUCUUUAAAGACAUAUGCGGCUGAACGGCCACUAACUUCAUCAUGACCCGCCGAAUAGUCCGAACGGGCGUUCAGCUCAUUGCUUUUACAAUCAUUGCCUGCGUCCUGGUCUUCUUCGUGGACAACCAAUACCGCGUCCUCCCCCAAUCUGUUCACAGCCACCUUCCCCUACACCACGAGGGUCUCGUCAUCACCGAUAUCGCCGUAACGACGUGCUCGAGCCUGAACCCGCUGUCUAAAUGUAUGCUAGACCAGAAGAAGUGGCACCGCGUGGAGAAGGACCUCUACCUUGGGUCUGGCUGGGUCUCGAAGGCAUUCGUACACAUCAAGCGCAAGAGAGAGGAGGAGCUCACGAGUGAUGACAAGGUCAUCAUCGAUGUGCGCACCGGAAAGCUUGACCCGUCCGUAGGCGAGAAGGCUCAAGCUUCGGAGAAGUGGGAGUCUCGCUCGGCAGGAGUAUGGAUCAAGAGAUCACUCAAGCGUCACGCGAGCGACUCGAAGCAGGCCGUGACUGCUGUGGAUAUACUGUUUGGAUCUGACGCAGUGGAGCCACGACCUGGGUGGGAGCUGGUCAAGAAUGGCGCACUGCACCUGGAGGCCACAGGGAAGGACCCGCGCCUAAGCAUACGUCGGGGUGCACCACAUACGAUUGAGAAGCCAAUUCCUAAGAUCAGGAAGGACGGUAAGUUCAAGAUCAUGCAAAUCUCUGAUCUUCAUCUGAGCACUGGCUUGGGAGCGUGCCGGGAUCCGGAGCCUAAGGGCCACAACGGUGGCCACUGCGAUGCCGAUCCAAGAACGUUGGACUUCGUCGAACGUGUGUUGGACGAGGAGAAACCUGACAUUGUAGUGCUGUCUGGCGAUCAGGUUAACGGCGACACCGCACCAGAUAUUCAGAGUGCCCUCUUCAAGAUCAUCGAGCCUCUCGUCGAGCGCAAGAUACCGUACGCAGCCAUCUUUGGCAACCAUGACGACGAAGGCACAUUGUCUCGCGCCGCGCAGAUGUCCCUCUACGAACAAUUGCCUUACUCACUGUCAGAAGCCGGACCGAAUACCAUCGCCGGCGUAGGCAACUACUACGUGGAGGUGCAAGCACAUGCCAGCAAACACGCAGCACUCACACUUUACAUGCUCGAUACCCAUGCAUACUCGCCGGACGAGGCCCACUUCCGCGGCUACGACUGGAUCAAACCAAAUCAGAUCGACUGGUUCAAGAAAACCGCCGAGAGCCUGAAGGACACCCACAGCAAGUACACUCACAAGCACUUGGACAUGGCAUUCAUUCACAUCCCCCUCCCUGAGUAUGCGGACAGGAACAACGAGUGGGUCGGUAACUGGACGGAGGGCGUGACAGCGCCUGCUUUCAAUACGCACUUCAAAGACGAGCUGGUCAAGCAGGGCGUAAAAUUUGUUUCUUGUGGUCAUGACCACGUGAACGAUUAUUGUAUGCUUUCAAAGGAGCACGCAACACAAGAGCCUGAGCUGUGGAUGUGCUAUGCUGGUGGCAGCGGAUUCGGCGGGUACGGUGGAUACAACAACUUCCACCGUAGGCUACGUGUAUUCGAGAUCGACACAAAUACCGCGCGGAUUUCAACAUGGAAGAGGCUAGAGUAUGGUGACAUAGGCAAGAGGCUGGACGAACAGAUGAUUGUCGAUGCUGGACGAGUCCUGCCGGUGCGAAGGGAUGAUCAGGGAUAAGGCCACCGGGCCAGUUUUCAGUAAAUAAGGCGUUUUCGGUGUUGAAGUGUGCCAUGGCGGAGGUUUUGAGGCCUCAAUAUUACGUAUGCAUGGCUGGCUGGGCGCAAGUAUGUUCUACUUUGUUCUUCACAUAAUCAAUAUCUAUACGUCCUUACUUCAUGUCCGGUGUACUUAGUCCGCACACAACACAUGCGUGUAGUCA